UGGUGGCUCCGUUCUUCCCCAAAGGGCAGCAGAGUCCAACAAACCCGCGGACCCACCGAAGUACGCGCCGGCACGCAUCCCUCCCCUACUGCGCUGCCGGAUCGCCGCCUCCCCACCGGUGACGUGCGCCGUCAAUCGCAAAUACGGCGCCAGACGUUACACCGCCCGCCCGCACAGCCUCGCCUCGCGCUCGCCAUGGAUCGCGCGCGCCACAAGAGCUCGCCCAGCUCCGAGCGCUUCCUCGGCGCAUUCCUCCCCCGCGCGGCCGCCGGCGACCAGCCCGCCUCGGCGGCCUUCGAGCUCGACGAGGACGACCUCUUCGGCUCGGGGGUCGGAUCUCCCGAGCGGCCGCAGCCGCCGCCGCCGCGCCGGCCCUUGUUCAUCUCCUCCUUCCGCACCGCAAACCCUAGCCCCCGCCUCCGCCGCCCGCCGGGGGGCAUCCUCGAGGCCCUCCCCGAGCGCCUCGGGCCUCUCUCGCCGCCCCCGUCCGCCUCGACGUCACCCGCGUCUCCGGCGACGGCCCUUCCGCGCAUGAUCCCCGCCAUCCCCCGCCCGGCGCCGGCGCCGGCGAUGCAAAUGCCGCAGUCCGCGCCGGUGAAUGUGCCGGUGGCGCGGAUGCGGCGACCGCCGUUCGAGGCUUUCGCGAGUGAACCCGAUGAGGAGGACGAGGACGAGGAGAUGCUGCCGCCGCACGAGAUGGUGGCGCGCUCGCGGGCGCGGGAGUCGCCCAUGACGACCUUCUCGGUGCUGGAAGGCGCUGGGCGCACGCUCAAGGGGAGGGACCUCCGCCAGGUACGCAAUGCCGUGUGGCGGAAGACCGGCCUGCUCGAUUGAUCCAUUGCGUUUGCAUUUGGUAGCUGCCUUCGACCAGUCAUUGAGUUUGUGUGUUUGAAUUAUUUUGUACAUUACGCGUGAUCAGGUGUUAAUUUUAGCUACACCUGUAAAAAUGUGUGUUGUAUCACUCACCAUUACGGCAUUACUCUUAUUUAUGAACUCUUUAUUUGAGCUGUCAUUAGACAUUGAACUAUUUGGUAUGGAUUAAGAUAAUUGUGUUCUUAUGGA